AUGGAUGUUUUUGACGUCAAUAAUAAUAAAACAGGUGCGGAACUGGAAGAUGCCCCGGAGAGUGCUAAAAAUGGAAGUACAGCAGAAGUUUCGAUAUUUUUUGUGGACAUAUUAGAAUAUGUUGGCAUAGCAGUUCGUCCCAUUAAAGAAGGACACGCAGUUUUCUCGGCUAAUCAUAUCAUUUGCAUUGGAUUUAGAAAAAAGGAUUCCUCUGGGGUAGAAAUCGUUGCUUAUGUUCAGCAGAGUUCCAACCCAGGUGCAGAUCCCCAUGAACUUAACUUAAAAAUCUGGUCGAACAUUAACGAGUGGAUCUUGAAAUGCUCAUGCAAAGUAGGCACUGCUAAAUGUAAACAUAUAAUUGCAUGCCUUUUGUACAUGGAAAAGUUCAACAAGUUGGAAUACCUGUCGUGUACCGAUGUAAGGCAAGCAUGGGGAAUGUGUAAAACUAAAAAACCUGCACCAUGGGGAGCAAAACGUAUAUCGGAGCUCUGUUGCUUCAAGCAUCCAAAAAACUACAAGUUUGAUAUUGUUAAAAGUGAUCAUUUUAAUAAAGCUCUCUCGGAAUCUUAUAACAGAAUAUUAUCUGUGUCCAAAGGUUCCGCGAUCUUUAAACAUAAGCAAGGGCGAUUUAUGAAUCAAACUAACAUUUAUCCGAAUCGUGCUUUACAAGCUGUGUCAUCGUCAUCAACAGAUCGAAGCACUAUCUUCUGCUCCAGAACUGAUCUACGUGAAUGCUUAUCAACUAAUUUCGAAGAAACUGAACUUCAGCCAACAACAAUUUUUAACUCAGCAGAAGAGAAAUUAUUCUUCGAGAAGCAUAUUGCUUUAGGUUUAGAUAAAUGUAUUGAAAUCGCAUUGGACACUAAAAAUCAAAACUCAAACGAAUGGAAAAUGCACAGAUCAAACCGUAUAACCGCAAGUAAUUGUUACAAACUAUAUACCUACUUACGGAACAAAAAUCCCAACUGGGAAAGUAAGAUUGAAGAAUAUUGGAGCAUCAAGUCGUUAAACGUUAAGGCUGUCCAGUACGGUAAAUAUGCGGAACCACUAGCAUUUAAUUGCUACUUAAAGAAACGAAAUCCUCUUUGUCGACGGUGUGGCUUAGUAAUAAGCUCUCAAGAGAACUGGUUCGGAGGUUCUCCGGAUAGAAUUGAUCCCAUCUCAAAAGCAUUGCUUGAGAUAAAAUGUCCAGUGAGCAAAGAUGCAUCGUUAGAAACCAUUUUAUGUUCUCCAAGUGUUGCUAAGUUUGCAAAGCAUUUUCCACCUACAGGAAAAUUCGUCUUAAACAAAAAUCAUGCUUACUAUUGCCAAGUUCAAUUGAACAUGUGGAUUUUGAAUCUACAAUCUUGCGAUUUUAUUAUUUAUUCAUGCAAAGAGGAUGACUUUGAAUUAAUUGAGGUUCCUUUUGAUAAGGAGUUUGCUGUGAAAAUAUUGAAUGAUCUCAAGCAACUUUUCUUUCAGCGAAUGUUGGGCAUAUUAUUGAAACGCAUUGUUAAAUAG